CAGGAUGGCACAUCCUGUGCUGAAAGGCUAUCACCCAACGAUAGAAAAACAACUUCUCAGCAAUGAGGUUUUGGAAACUGAUACCAUGGAUCGCCUUAAAGACGAUUUUGAAGAUGAGGAUGUGGACCCUGACACACUGAAUGAACAUCUGCUCUAUCGACAACCAUUCGACCGUCAGAAACUGUUAAACCAUUUCAACAUAGCCGAACAACUAACUAAAGAUGAAAGUGAAAGCGAUCCGGACAUUAUGAAGCGUGUCUUACAAUGCCUUGGAGAUUUUCCUAAAUACGAGAAAUUAUUUUUAGCGGAUAUUCUGUCCUCCAACGCACGACACGAAGUCAAGUUUAGGUUCCUUGAAGAAGUGAUAUUUUCUAAAUCAUAUCAAUUUCUGGAACGUUUUGUUGAAUCAGAGAGGACCCUUAACACGACAAUUAUAGACAAUCUGUCCCGCAGUCCCGUAAAUGGAAAUCACAACAUAACCAAUGCGGUCCGAGCAGUUCUUAACAUGGAAGAUGGUGAGAACUUUUCUCCGUUUCCUCUCUCUUCGGAGAUGUAUGAAGUCUGUGAGGGAGGGAGAAGUUUAAAGUCCACGUACGAUUUAUGCAGAGAUAAGCCGCUUCGGCAAGUUUUCCUCAAGAAUCUACUUCUCGAAGCUGACAGACAGAGCAAUAUUCCUUUGGUGACGAAGAUUAUUUUCUCUCACUGCUAUAUCGAUCUUAAAAGUAUCUUGGACCCUGUUGUAGUGUCAGAGGAAAAAGAAGCGAGAUUAUCAGAACUGUUGGAGAACAUUCCGGAUCUAUCCCGGAUCAAGGAACUGGCUUGUCUUGAUGAGAUCGAAGGAGAACUUUUACAAGGAUUAGUUAAAACUGCUGCUUUUGGCAGUGAACAUUAGUUAAAGCUUCGAUUGUUUCGGAUUUGGCAAAGGGGAAAUUAUUGAAUAUUUACGAUUCCAUUAUGCACGUAUGAAGUAAUUCUGGUACCAUUUUAGAUACAUUUAGAUAAAAGACGAGGGAUCACAUGAUAUUUUAAGAUGGUAUAAUCGUGGUCUUACAUUUUUAUAUUAAAAAUUAGUUUUUAACCGAAAAAACACAACUAAUAUCUGUAUAAAAGCAUGCCUAAUUCAAGUCUUACAAUAUAUUUCCUGAUUUUCCUCUGACUUGGAUUGUUUUCUAAUUCCACGAAAAGAUAACAGUUUAAAUAUUUUUACUUACCAUCAGCAAUCUUUCAUCUUUUUAGAUAUGAACGGUGAUAAAUAUGAUUUGAAUGCAAUCGUAUGUUGAGCAUACUUGUAUAUUUUUUAAUUGAAUAAUUUUUAAAUGAGUUUACUUGGCAUAUUACUUGGCAAAGUUACUUAGACUGAGUUUUUAUUGAUCAAUUUGUGUUUGCAAAGUAACUGGAUUAUUUUAACAGUAACACUGUAUUAUUCAUCCUGCUUUAAUCUAAACAAAAUACAACUUGCGUCUUUAAAAUAUCUAAAAUCUUG